AUGUCCUCCCGUUACAGAGUUGAAUACCACCUGAAGAGUCAUCGCAAAGAUGAGUUCAUUGACUGGAUCAAGGGAUUGUUGGCGACACCUUUCGUUUUGCAUGCAGUAUCCCACGAUGAGGAGGAUACGGAAGAUUUGACCACCACACAGAGGGUUAAAUCCCAGUACGCUGAAAUUCUGAAGGAUGUGGAGCAAUUGAUUCUCAACAAGAUCGAAUUUGACUCCAGAAACCAAUCCAACGAUGAGGAGUACUUGAACGAGUCGUCUCUUGGUAGGUCAAGACUGAACUUGCUGGUACCUUCGAUUGGUACAUUUUUCACUCCGCUACCCCUGGAGAAGGCUUUCCUAUGGGAAGAUUCUGUGAAGGCGAUUUCAGCCAGACGGAUGAUCGCCCCCAGUUUCAACGACGUUAGAAGACUGUUGAACACAGCGCAGAUCUUCCACUUCCAGAAACAAAAGAAACUGGGGCCUACCGGUAAACCACUUAAGAUGGUGACCUUUGACGGGGACGUGACUUUAUACGAGGAUGGUGGAUCCCUGGUUGGGGAAAAUCCGGUGAUUCCAUACAUUAUCAAGUUGCUAGCUUGUGACAUCUGCGUCGGCAUCGUAACAGCAGCUGGUUACGACGAGGCUGGUACCUACGAGAAGAGACUACACGGCCUUGUGGAGAGUGUCUAUGAAAGUAAAGUGCUGACCACAGAACAGAAACACCGUUUGACCAUCAUGGGUGGUGAGUCCAACUAUUUGUUCCGUUACUACGAAACAUCUAGUGAGUUAUGCCAGGACACUCAAUUGUCAUCCACCGACGAAGAUCAAGAAAAUAUGGUCUCAGAGGGCGAGGGCAGAAGAGAAGGAAAAGUGUUUGGGUUCAAACCUGUUGACAGAAGCGAGUGGGUUUUGAAGCAAAUGAUCGAGUGGGACGAAGCUGAUAUCAAAGCUACACUGGACUUCGCAGAAAAAACGCUAAAUACAUUGAAGAGACGGUUGAUGCUGCCAAAGGAGGCUCCAAUUAUGAGAAAGAAAUGGGCCGUCGGUAUUGUGCCUGGGAAAAAAACAGACCCCUCGACCGGAAGAGAGUACAAUGUCAGACUCUCGAGAGAGCAGCUAGAAGAAAUUGUGCUUACUUUGCAAAGUACUCUUGAGAAUUUCCCUCCAGCAAGAAGAAUUCAGUUCAGUUGUUUCGAUGGUGGUAACGAUGUCUGGUGUGACAUCGGUGGUAAGAACCUGGGUAUUCGUGCUCUGCAAAGGUACUACUGUCCAGGGAGCGCGAUCGAUCCUGCUCAGACACUCCAUGUUGGUGACCAGUUCGCGCCCAUGGGCUCGGCAAACGAUUUCAAGGCAAGAUUGGCAGGAUGUACUAUGUGGAUUGCGUCCCCAGAGGAGACUGUCGAUGUGUUGAAUAGAUUAACGAGGGAUUGA